CCGGGUCCAUUGAACCGGACAUUUGAACAACCCUUGCGCUUUGUGCUCGUCAUGGCCACUUUGCCCUCGGCGAGCCGAAGCUUUGAGGAGCUGCUGGGCCUGCAGUCCGCGGCGCUGCGGCAGAGCUUGGCCUUCAACCAGGCGCUCAGCCAGAAGUGCUCGUACCUGCUGCCCCAAGAGGUGGAGGAUGUGCGGAGCGGCUAUGCGCCCUCCAACGGUUGCUCACCUUCGGCCGCCUGCUGUGACGUGGACCUGGAGCAGGCACAGGCGUUGCGCCGGCCGCUGCUGUCACAGACAUCAGGCUUAGGCGGACGCGAGGAGUCGCCGGUUUUCAGGCGUGCUCCGGUCGAGCAGGCGAAGGUCUCCGUGAGACCGACGAAGGAGUUGAAGCGCAGCCCGAGCUGCACACCCGGGGGGUCUUCAAGGCUGUUCGGCGUGGACGACAUGCGAAGGAAGCUCCGAGAUUCCUUGAAGAAGGAAAAGAAAGCCGGAGAGGACAUCUACAGAGUCGGCGCCUGGAGCACGCCCAUCGCACGCAGCUCCCUGUUCAAUGCAGCGACGCUGGUGGUGAUCAUCUCCAACUCCAUUUGGAUCGCUGUGGACAUCGACUUGAACAAGGCCAACGUCUUGUGGGAAGCGCCGCUGCCCUUUCAGAUCGUGGAAAAUCUCUUCUGCGCCUUCUUCACCUUUGAGAUGGUGGUCCGGAUUUCGUCUUUGAAGACUUGGUCCUCUGCCAUGGAUGGGUGGUUCCUCUUCGACGCCUCUUUGACGGUGAUGAUGAUCUGGGACACCUGGGUGACGCUCCUGAUCCACCUCUUCUCCGGCAGCGUAGUGCACUCCGGGGUGCGGAGCUUCACGAUCCUGCGGAUUUUGCGGAUCCUGAGGAUCUUCCGGGUGGCCCGGGCCGCGCGGAUCAUCAACUCGCUGCCCGAGCUCCGGGUCUUGGUGCAGGGCAUGGCGAUCGCCAUGCGGUCCACCUCCACACUUCUGGCGAUGCUGCUCUUGGUGGUGUACAUCUACGCGGUGCUCUUCACGCAACUCCUGGCCGGCACUCCGGACACGGCCGGCUGGUUCGACUGCGUGCCCCAGGUGCUGGCGUUCUGCGACCAUGCCAUCGAGAUGUUCUCCGAGAACGAGAGCAUGAACGUGGGCGACUUUGUCGAGCUGGUGACGCAGUUCAGGGGCCAGAAGAACACCACGGUGAAGGACCUGGUGGACAUCCGCAAGUUCAUUUCCAUGCAGCUGCGGCACGCGACGGACGAAAUUAUCUCCAUGCAGGACGCGGACCAGCCGGAGCUGAAAACACGGACCACCACCUUGAGGAAGGACAAUGACAGCGUGGAACUGUAACAUAGCUCCGGGGACCUCCAGACAAAAGC